AGGGCAAGAAAUUGCACGGGAGUUUAGUUAUAAAAUGUGGGCUUCUGCUGUUGCAGCCUCCACUCCACUGCUUUGAAGUACAAGUUUCAGGUCUUUGCUGAGUCUGCAGCAGGAGCUGCCGGCGUCGCCUGGGCUUAAACUACUAGGCAGUCUUUCUGCUCCCUCCCAUUUCUCCCCACCAGCGUCCCGCCCCUCGGGCCAGAGUGUCGCCGGGUCGCCCAGCUGGAGUCGCUGGGUGGUGCUUGCCCUCCAGUCCCUGUAAACUUGGGGGAGGCUGCUGAGCACCCGUACCUGCUGAAGCCUCAGCUUCCAGAGCCUCUAGCAUGCGCGUGUGGGCCCCCGUGGGCGUCCUGGCCUCGUUGGCUUACUGUUUCCACCAGCGGCGGGUGGCUCUGGCCGAGCAUCGGGUGCCUGAUGGCCAGUGUCCAGUGGACCGCAGCCUACUGGAGCUGAAAAUGGUGCAGAUUGUGUUUCGACACGGGGCACGGAGUCCGCUCAAGCCGCUCCCGCUGGAGGAACAGGUGGAGUGGAACCCCAAGCUUUUAGAGAUCCCACCUCAAACACAGUUUGAUAUCACCGUCACCGAUCUAGCUGGUGGCCCGAAACCUCAUUCUCCUUAUGACUCUGAAUAUCACAAGACCACCUUGAAGGGUGGCGUGUUUGCCGGGCAGCUGACCAAGGUGGGCAUGCAGCAGAUGUUUGACCUGGGAGAGAGGCUGAGGAAGAACUAUAUGGAAGAUGUUCCCUUCCUUUCCCCUGUCUUCAACCCGCAAGAGGUCUUUGUCCGCUCCACCAACAUAUUACGGAAUCUGGAGUCUACUCGGUGUUUGCUGGCUGGGCUUUUCCAACAUCAGAAAGGAUCGGUCGUUAUCCACACUGAUGAGGCAAGCUCCGAAGUACUGUACCCCAACUAUCAGAACUGCUGGGGCCUGAGAGAGAAGACCAGAAGUCGGAAGAAGACUGCCAAUUUGCAGCCAGGGAUCUCCGAGGAUUUGGAAAAGGUGAAGGCAGGUGUGGGCAUCAGCAGUGGUGACAAAGUGGACUUCUUUCUACUCCUGGACAAUGUGGCUGCCGAGCAGGUGCACAGCCUCUGCAGCUGCCCAGCGCUGAAGAGGUUUGCCCAGAUGAUCGAGCAGAGAGCCGUGGACACAGCCUUGUACGUGCUGCAGCAGGAAGACAGGGAAAGUAUCCAGAUGGCAGUGGGCCCAUUCCUACACAUCCUGGAGGGGAACUUGCUCAGAGCUGUGGACCCCACAACCCCACCCAGCAAGACCAGAAAGAUGUACCUGUAUGCCACACAUGAUGUCACCCUCAUGCCUAUCCUAAUGGCCUUGGGGAUUUUUGACCGCAAAUGGCCUCCAUUUGCUGUUGACCUGACCUUGGAACUCUACCAGCACCAGAAAUCUAAGGAGUGGUUUGUGCAGCUCUAUUACCAUGGAGAGGAACAAGUGCCAAGAGGCUGCCCCAACAAGCUCUGCCCACUGGACAAGUUCUUGACCGCCAUGUCAGCUUAUGCUUUAAGCCCAGAAAAAUACCACACACUCUGCUCCCAAGCACGGACAGUGGAACUCUGAGAGUGACGUGUUUACACAGACAAGGUGACUUAAAUAAAGUGUCUUUAUAGAAAAGGGUAUCAUGUUAAUCAAAAGGGAUUUUUCUACUCUGUGACACAAUUUCUUUAUGUGUAUGAAUGUUUUGCCUGUAUGUAAGUCUGAAACCACCUGUGCCUGGUGCCCCAUGGAAGGCAGAAAGUGUUGGAUCUCCUGGAACUAGAGUUGGAGAUGGUUGUGAACUGCCGUGUGAUCUUCUAGAAGAACAGCCAGUGCUCUGAACUGCUGAGCCAUCUCUCCACCUGCAUGACAUGAUUUCUAAGAGCGUUGGUGUGAACCUGGGGAACUGUGUGCUUUGGGACUUGACGCUCUUUUCUUCUGUCAGCUUUACUCAGGCUCUAAUUGUGGCUAUCAGAAAGGUGGCUGCUUCUGCCUUUAAGUUGUUGCAAUUCAGUGAGAGACAAAUAUCAGUAAAUCAAUGGCUUACA